AUGGAAAAAAAAAGAAUUAAGUUUGAUGAAACGUUAAGCAAUUUUAGACAAAAGAUUCAUAAUGCUAAAAAUCAAGUGACAGAUAUUAUUUCAAAAGCAAAUUCUGGUGAACAUAGGAAUUACAUAAUUUGGUUAAAUUCUUUUGACCAAGUUUUAUUAGAACUAAAUGAAGGAAUCACAAAACUCAAUGAAAAAAUCGACCUUUAUGACAAGAAUGAUUAUAGUCAACUGAACGAAUGGUCACAUGACUUUGUAGCAAUUCUUUCUAAAAAAGAAUUACCCCAAGAUAUUACCGUCGAUUUUGAGAAUCAAUAUCAGCAGUGCCAACAACUUAAUGAGGUUUUAAAGGAAAGCAUUUCACAAGCAAAUAAUGCUCUCCAGAAAAUCAUUGAAAAUUUUGUUUCUGAAAAUAAACAAGAAAGCACCGAACAUUAUCAAAAUUUUAAUUCCAUUAAACGGUCAGAUGAUAUUGAAUAUAAUCUUUCCGAAAACCAGCCAAAUCAAUAUGCAAGAGUGAAUGUAAAUCAACCGCUUGUUGAAUUAUUACGCAAAUUUGAAAAAUUGCUACAUGAAACGGAACAAGAUGCGAAUUCUUUUAUUCCUGAUAGUAAAUCAAAAAGAAAAAGUCAGCAGGAAAAAAUUCCAAAUUACGAACAAAUUAUUGAAUGGUUGAAAACUCUUUUAGACAAAUUUAAUGUGGCAAAGCAACAAUUUUCUGAUUCCAAACACAUCCAAUUUUGUGUACCGCCAGAAAAUAUAGAAAAAAUUUAUACCAACAUGAUUCAACAAACAAAUAAUCUUAGAAGUGACCUUGAAUCCCUUAUCACCAAUCCUUACCUUAAAGGAUAUCCAGAACCACAAAAUACUGAUUAUGAAAUUUCUAGAUAUAGCCAAUUUACUGAAUACAUUAAAUCUUUUUUAAGUCAUAUUUCUGUUUCAAAACGAGAUUUACUCGACAAUAUCAAUCUUCUU